GUUAUCAUGAGUUGUGAUUAAGUAGCGUAGUUCAGAGAAAUGAGAGCCCUAUGCUGUAUUCUCAUCGACCUUCAUCAACGAGAAGGUUUUCACAAUGUGUUCGAACUUCGAAGCCUUUGUUUUAACAAUCAAAAAAAAUAGUGUUUUGAAGACAACUAAUUCUAAUAUUACGUGCGUGCCGCAAGCGCGACUGAAUGGGAAUCUGCAUCAUCGUGUUUACUCUCCACAUACGGUCAUGAUAAGAAAUAUCGAUAUUCAAGAAGAGUUCUAAUAGAGAAAGAAUAUGUUUCGCAUUCGCUGAGUCUUAUUGUUGGAGGAGCGCUGACGAGAGCCACUGCUUGUGUUUCAUGCAUCAUACAACUUCCUCAAUGUACCUGGUGUCAUAAAAUCACGACGCUAACGCUAUUUGAUCUACUUGUCUUUGUCUCAACAUAUGCUGCUCUGCAUGUCGGUAUCUAUAUUUCGCGUUCGCAUCGAACUGAAACAUCACUGUGAACAACCAUUUUGACACAUCAUCAUACACAUACAACGCACUCUCUCAACAACAUCGUAUUCCAAUCGUAACUCCGCAUCCGUAUUAUCUCAUCGAUCAUCCCAAAAAAAAAAUGUCGUGGUUUCUGCCAAUCUCUUGUUCUAAAAAAAGCUACCAGAAGGGCCAGGAAUCCACGGUGUCCCAAGGGUUCAUCAACCCGAUUUCCCAAGACCCACCUACAACUUGUUUUGAUGUUGUUGACUUAAGAGACAUCAAGGUUCGAGAAGAUAGAAACACGGUUCACGUUCAAGAACAUCUAUUUCAAUUUUUUGAUAAGGUUAAUAUUCCACUCCUUCGUCAUCGUCUUCGUCUCUUGGUGUUCCUAAUCAUGUUGGGCAAUUUAGAUCAAAUCUUGGGUAUGCGCAUGCCGAUGACCGCUGCGCUGGGGCCUAAAUUGUUGCGGAAGGUUGAUCAGGAGCAUUUUCCCUCACAAUGGACCUCAGUGGACACGGACACAGCGCUUCCGUUAAGGCUAGGUUAUUACUAUCCCGUGUAGACCUCCUAGUGAGUCUAAAAAGUCAUGGGUUCCCCUUAUUUAAGAGUGAUGCUAAGUCGUGGGAGGUUCUUCCCCUUGAUGAAAUACUUAAGUGAGUCAAGCGGAAAGUAAGAGGAGAAGCGGCAACUCACUCAACCACGGAUAGUAAAGCACUUCUAGCGUUAAUUCCGCCAAACCUAGACUGCAUUGUCUUGUACUUCUCCGCACACUACUGCCCGCCGUGCAGACAGUAAUAUUGCGAUCUUUAUCAUGUGGCAAGUUCGAUCACCACGAUCAUUUUUUACAUGAUUUUGUUCAAUCAUUUUCUUUGUUAGGUUGGCUAACAACGUCCAUUACUUUUACAUUUUCAUAAUAGGAUAACAAUCGACAGACCACUAACAAUCCAACAACAAGCUAGACGAGCGGGUAGCACUCGUCUGGGAUAUCUUAGGCAGCUCGCCGAAUAGAUUCAAUUCAUCAAUAGGAGAACGAAGCCUUGCUCAUGAUCUACAUCCAUGUAUCAAGAUACAUACCAUGCAUAAUAUCAAUCAGGUUCACGCCUCAGCUCGUUGAGCGGUCAUUACGUGCUAAGCUGUUGCGCAAGAGUUUUGAGAUUGUCUUUGUCUCUGCGGACCCGAACCAUGCGGAGUUUAAGGCUACUUUAUCACGAGAAUCCCAUGUCCAUGUGGAGUAUGGAUGCUGAGUGGCCUCAUACAUGCUUUUGGCAUUAAUAAGGGGAAAAUUAUAAGGGGGACGACCACUCAACAACCUUGGAAUCCCACUCAACCAAGGGUAAAAGACUAGCGCUAAGGAGUGGCAAAAUUACUACAAGCUCAUGCCAUGGCUCGCUUUGCCCUACGAAGAGUCGCAAAAACGUGCUCCACAACUGCUUCAAUUAAGGCUGUUUUUCCACCUUGAUUCUAUUGACACAGAAACAGGCCUUAGUGAGGAUUGUUGAAGUCAUAGCAGUAAAUAACAAUUUCUUCUUCAUCACGUUAUUGAUCAUUAGUACCGUUUUACACCAAACACAACUACAAGUGCACAAGAACAUUGUAAGUAUUAGAAAGCGGUCUAAUGUUUCUUAGUAGUUGAAAGCGGUACACCACAUAAUUGCGACUGUGAGUAGAAAAAUAUAUUAAUCAUGUGCUCAAAAAGAAAAUGUUCAAGAUGAAUGAAUAUGAAUUAUAUGGUUUUGAGUAGAACCAACUACAAGAUGUAGUACUUACUUCCUAACUUCUUUACCAUGCAAAGGGGGCCCUCUUUGCAUCCUCUUCUAAUCCAGCAACUGGGCUUGCGAGGAAUACCAUCUGCUGUGAUCUACUGGAAGAAUGGGAAGAUCGAAACUCAAGGCCGUCAAUUGCUUCUACAACCAGGUUUCUUCUCCAAUGUGGGGCCAAGGCUUCAGAUGCUGGAAGCAUCAAAGGAGACCGCAGCUAGCAGCUCAUCUUAAGACUUCACCUCCUAGCCAAUACAGUUCGAUCUUCCUGGAAGUAUCCAUCGAUCCUGGAGCCAUGUAGAUGUACUAGUAAACUCAAAAAUCAAUAGCUGUUGAAUAUGAGAAAUAGUUUCUUUUUUCACUCUAAUCCUCUUCAAACACAAAAAAUAAUCAAGUGGCUGCAGGAGGAGCUUCUAGUACAACUCGUGUCUCACAGCUUGGUUUACCUUCUGCAUCUUCUGAAGAGGAAUCAGAGGAAGGCAGUUCGAAAAUUCCUGUGGAUGUGGUGUUACCAGACUCAGUGGAACGCAUGUAUAUCGAAUUUGAUCCACAGGCAGAUGAUGCGCAAGCAGCAGAAGUGUUUCUGUUGCAACUAUACAGCGUGACGGAAAUCGAACCAUCAAAACAACGAAUCUUCUUCGCUUUUGAACAUUAUGGGAUGUUGGAAUUUCAUCCGCUCGGUUUUUUCGUACUGCAACUAUUAAUAGUGUUUCUGUACACGAAUGUGAAUGAAUAAGAAGAUUGGUUGUAUCCAGUAGCAGGUUAAGAAGUAGAACGAAGCAGUGGCACUAGGUAGAACUAGAAGGGAUCUUCCCGAAAGACAAUCUAUCUAGUUUCUUCUUGCAUUGAUAAUUACUUACGUCCAAAUCGGUAAAAUAAGUUUUUCUACUUUUAUCUUGCUCUUCUAAUCCUCAAAGCAAGAGAACGGUCAAGAGACCAAAUUGGUGCAGAUCCAGUGCGAGGCAAGUUGUGGACAUUUCCUGACUACGAUCAUUCCCCAACUCGAGACGUCAGCAAAAGGACACUGUGCGGUGCCCAGAGUCUAUUUAAGGCUCAGCUUUCAAUGGUCAUUGGGGUUGGUCACUGAGAUCGAAGAGGCGACCCCUUGAGAGAACAGGGGAAAACGAAGGGAAAGGGGAGAGCUUUGAAGGGGGUCCCUUCCGUUCCGAGUCAGUGACCAUUGAAGGCUGAGCUUUAAUCUAUGUUCUGGGAAAUAUCAGCGAUCUGGACGACCCCUUCGAAUUCCGGAACUCGCCACCUCCUGAAAUAGAACAGGUGGUGGAACAACGGUAUUUUUUAUGUGAAGUCUUCACAAUUCCACGGCCGUUAGAAAGGACACACUGUUGGAACUGUAUCAUCCUGCUGGUAGACUAGAAGCACUACUAGUGAUGCGACUGAACGAACUCACUGAAGAAGCUGGUGGUGAUUAUGUAAUACAGCUCCUUAGGUGAUCAAGUAGCAGUUGUACUACCAGUAGCACUAUGAUCUUCUUCAAGAGCAUAAUGAUAAUUAAAGAUGGUCUGCCAGCCCGAUGGUGCAGUUAUGCUUUGUCUGGUGUCAAAUGUAUGAAUGUAGUGCGGUAGUUCUGCAAAUAUACAGAGGUAGUUCUGAAAAUUAAUAUACAACAGAGGACUCUACAUGAUCCUCGCAGUUGUCAACUCCUUGUUGCCCCUGUAUUAAAAUCAGGCAAGCCUACGUCGCAGCUAAAGCCCAGGGAUUGAAGGCAGGACAGCGACCUAGGCGAAUCUUAGCUGACGCCAUGAAGGUCCGCACCUACGAGGACCGAGAAUUGCAGACGGCCUGCUUGAACCAGAUACCUGUGCCUGAACUCUUUGAAUCCGCGAAGAAGAGAGUCGAAGACGCCUGUGGAAGCAAUUAUGAACGUCCUUCGAUUCGUCUUUCUUACUACCUUUCCCAUUAAUAAUCAAAUGUGGUUUUACUGUUGCUGUAAACAUUAUACAACAUAGUCCCCUCACAACUUUGCAUGUCAACGCAGUCUUUUGGGUCUUAUUAUAACCGGACUUCUCCCAUCAACAUCUUUUUUUUUUUUCGUUCCUAGGUAAUUUGGAAUAGGAAUUUUAGUUAUAACUACAAGCGCAGCCAGCUCCCAGAUAUAAGAGGGCCACUAAGUAAUUAAUACGUAGAGUAGUUUAUAGAUAUAGACGCUGGGUGGCUGGGCGGCCUCGCUGGGCACGCUGGGCGGCAACGCGGGGCACGCUGGGCUAGAAACAGCGGCAAACUCGCCAGUGCCGUUGGCCUUGGCCCACGCUAGAGCUAGACUAGCGCUGCUGGUGGGGUUCUCAAGCGGGCGCCCGAAGGGCGCCCCGCAAUUGGAGACGCCCAGCGUCACGCUGGGCGCAGAAUUCGGCAGAUCUGGCACAUUUGGGUCGCCCAGCGACCCAGUGUGCCCAGCCCAUCCAUGUUGGGAACCCUUAUAAACUGUUCUAUCAUAACUAAAAUCCCUAUCCCAAAAUUCCAAAAUCCCUAUUCCUCCUGAUCAUACACAGCAACAUAUUAGAUCCGACUUCUCUUGAUUUCUAAUUUUCGGAUUUUCCUACCGCCUUCUUGGAAGUCCUCGUUUCUUGGUUCAAGCAUCGAUUUAUGAAGUGGCCCGAAGCAAAUCCGCCCAGUGUGCAUUGUCCAGGAGGCAAGUGUAAGCCAGCUGGUGCCUGCCAGAGUAACGAAUCAGAACAGAUAUUUUUAUGACAACAUGGAUGUUGUAUUAUUUCCACUUGUAAAAGAACCUUACUACUAUCACAUCUGGGGAACAUCUUUUGCUUACUGUUGCAUACAUGUUAUAGUUGAUGUUCUAUGUUAUAGCUGAUGUCCUCCUGGUCCUCAACAGUCACUGUGUGGUCUUUCAGUGUGAGAAAGAGGAUACUUCUUUUAAUGUGUAAUCUACACUACUAAUGAAGCAAGGUAGAUCUUCUAGACUCAUCCUCAUCCACUGCAUUAAUAAAGCUGCAAGUAUCUAAUCUGUCAAAGUGAAUAGACGAUCAUCAAUCAAUCAGUAGGACGAAAAUAAUUGCUGAGUCGUCGAUCAAUCUUCACUCUAGGGAUCUUCAUCUUUGGCUAAAUCAUGUAACUCUUCAAUGCUUACAUUUGCUCUGUUGAAAAAGUUAAGUAGAUCUUUCUAAUUUUCGACGCGCAAAAUACAGAGUUGUACAGUUGCCUGGAAACGAGGAGGGAGCAACGCUUUCCCCGUUACAACAAUGUCUUUAAACUGCUGGAAACGCGCAUGGGAAGGUGUGGUGAGUGGGCGAACACGUUUGCGGCUAUGCUCAGAGCUGUUGGUACUUACGGAGGAAGGUCAAGUUGUUUCUUCUUGUGGGGGUUCGAUGUAUCUAUAAGUAAUUCGCUUUCUUCUUGUCGAGGUUCUAUCUAUAAGUACUUAAUUCUCUUUCUUCUUGUGAAGGUUUCGAAACGAGAUAUAUAGCGGAUACCACCGACCACGUCUGGAACGAAGUGUGGUUGCCGUCGAAAAGUCGCUGGGUCCACGUUGAUCCCUGUGAAGCGAGCAUUGAUGCCCCAUUGCUAUACGAACAAGGUAAUUCUUGAUACUGAGAAAUGAUUUUGAUUGUUGCCCCUGCUUUGCUAUAUGAACGAACACGAGUUAAUGAAUUUCUACUGAUAUUUUUUUGUUGCUCCUGCUUUUCUAUAUGAACAACAAGUACAAGGCAGGUAUGUAAUCAUAGUUGGGAUUUUUGUUGCGCCAAGUAGGUUGAUGUUCAGAAUUAUGAGAAAGAGAAUAAUGUAAAAGUAUUAUGCAACCGAAAUCAAUGUCCGACGUAGGAGAAGAUUUUAUCUAGUUCUAUUUUAAAUCUCUCAUUGUUCUUCUUGUAUGUGAACACCCCCAGGUUGGGGUAAGAAACUGGAGUACAUUUUUGGCUAUGCGCGCGACCAUUGUUUGGACGUUUCCAGACGAUACACAAAGAAGGGCGUUCCUGCCUUGACAAGGCACAACUUUGCUUCAGAGCAAGAACUAAUUAAGGCUCGUACGAUGUUUAUUCAGUCUCAGUUUCUACUUGUGAUGUUGAACUAAUUAAGGCUCGUACGAUGUUUAUUCAGUCUCAGUUUCUACUUGAGUUGCAUUCUUAUCUUAAUCAUGUUCAUGAUUUGAUUCUGAAUUUUCUAAACUGCGAAAUAUCUUCGCGGUGGCCCGAUCUUUUCUUGAAGAUGAGGACCAGGCAAGUCUCCGCGGCGUCCCAGCUGAGAAGCGGCAAGCGCGUCAGGCGUUAUUUUAUGAACAAGAUGAGUCUUAUAGUUUUGUUUUACGAACCUUGCGCGAUCAUCUGGACCGUUCCAUCUUGUGACUCUCUUGAUCGUAAAAAUCUUGAUGACAUCUCUUCACCCACUCAUCGGCCGAACUCCUCUUCUAAUCUUCAGACAGAAGGCGAGGCGAAGAGGAGGCCCAUCUACGAGGCUUGCAUGAGCAGUAUAACGCCAACGAGGUGGAUGCCAAGAAUCUGAAUGCUCGUGAAAGUUAAGGGGUCAACUCGUCCAUAAACUUCUUCUACUUGAUCAUUGACUACUUGAUUGUUCUCCUGCGUCUACUUGCCUGUCGAGCGGUCUCGUCUACGUCUUCGUGAUACCUUAGCAGGUGCCUAAAAAUGGUUUUCUAUUCCUACGUCUUCUCCACGUAGUAUAUUGAAUUGUACAAAUUACCUAUGUUGUUCAUUCUUGGACGACAUAAAGUUAAAGAUCUGAACUGUUCACCUAUCCUGUAUGAGCGUUCAGCCUUCUCUGCAAAUUCAAGUCCACCCUCACCCUCACCCAAGUUCUUGACCCCCAUCCAAAUCCAAGUCGACCAAAGUACCAGGAGCUUCUGAUAUCACCAACAGCCUCAUCCUCUUGCUUCUAAUUUCUCGGUGACCAAGCGUGGCGUAUGGGACGUCAGGAAAUGGGAACUGUCUCUAUCUAUGGUGGGAAACAUGCAGACACGAAAUCAUUCGAGGACGUCGAGCAUGAGCACAAGGUCCAAAAGGUGGUUCUCUGGAGUGGUCAGUUUGUUCAUGGAUUACAGGUACUUUUGUUAUUGUUUAGAGCGGUCAACACUCAGUUUGUUUAUGGAUUGCAGGUACUUUUAUUUCAUAUACGUCGAUCAUAAUCAUUUCCUCGUGAUGCAUGGAGCACAAAUAUAUAGAUCAAUGUCGCACAUCAAUUUAUUCCCCUGCGUGGUUUACACUGGUGAGGUACAUGCUUCUAGCACAACUCAAUUUCAACUCAGUUUCUUCUUUUUUUAGCUAUUCUUUGUUUUAAGUUGGAGCAUCAAAUUUACAUCUUCACUGACACAGCUCGUUUUCGAUGGAGUUGCACUGAGUAAGCAUCCUCCACGCUGGGACUUCAAUGACAAGGAGUGCGAAAAAAGAGAGCUCCUCUUGGAUUCUGACGAGCAUAUCAGCUUAUGAUCUUCAAGAGUCUGAGUAAUCAUCAGGAUUAAUGAGAGUUGUUCUUGUAAUCAGAUGAAUCGGGGUCGGGUAUAACUUUCUUCUACUCACUGAACUAACUUUCUUCUACAACUUGCUGAUGUUUGAUAGCGAAACAUGUCGGUUGCGUGGACGUUAUGAUACAGUCGGUAGCAGCUAUGAUACAGUAGAUUAUAAUUGCUGGCACCAGAAACAUACUGGUGGUACUUAUAAGCAGAUAAUUAAUUUGUAAGUACAGGUACCGGUACCCAGACCCACUUCUUAGAAUCUACAGUACUUCUAAUUCUUACAGUGAAGGGCAAUGCUGGUCUGAUACUAGACCACCUGAACAUCACGACGAACAAGGGGAGGACGAUAACCGCUGGAAGCAGUGGAGGAGGCCAGCCGUUUCAUUAUGAGGAUCCCCUACUCCUUUUUCAGCAGUACUAUCGUCUGUUUUUGCCUCUAGCGUGUAGCCCCUCAAAGAAAAUAUUUAAGGGUAGGUUAAAGGGUAGGUUAAAGGGGACUUUCAAUGGUCACCAUUGAGAUUGGGGUCACUGAGAUAGAAGAGGCGGGCUCCCCUUGAGAGUAGAACAGGGGAGAUAAAUGAAGGGAAACGGGAGAGCUUUGAGGGGAGUCUCUCCCGUUCAGAGUCAGUGGCCGAUGAAUGGCGAGCUUUAAUUAAAGGCGCUUUUGUUAUUGUUUGUUAUGCCCCCUCUUCUAAGGGGGACAGCCAUAACAAGCGGGACAAACGAACACCAAAAGCCUGCCUCUACUGUGUUGCUCAUCUACUCAGAAGAUUCCGAUAGAAUGUUUCACUGUUCAUCUAGCAAAAUCUAACUCAAAGUAAGACUAUAAGUAGAUCAAGAGACAGAACAUCAAAAGUCAUCAAUGUUUCAGGAGCAAGCAAUCUUCUAGUACGCUAUUAAACGGGGCUCGCACGUACUUUCAUUCUUGUGACUCUCCGCCCCUGGUGGGAAGUGAGACCAAAGCCUCUGCGAGGCGCUGUAAGACACAGAAACUAGACGUUGCUGAAGAAACGAGACGCUAAGAUGUUUGCUCAGCACCUCCAUCUAAUCUACAUUUAAAGAGGGUCACAUCGUGGGUCUACUUGGCGGCUACGGUGGCCAUGUGCACAACAUCGGAGUGAGGUAUGCCAAAACUGGUCCGGAAGCUCCUGGUGCUGGCCGAACUACCAGAGUAAGCAGCCAAGGACAGAGUGCGCUAGGCGGGUCCAGUUCUUCUUCGAAGCAGGCGGCCGCAAAGGAGACACAAGUCCAAGAACAGGGAAUGGUGUUAAGGCUAUUAGAUAGAUAACUGUUAGCUAAUAAGGGAGUUAUAUAUCAUGUAUUUGAUUCAUCUUCUACAGCAUGAUCUUCAUCUUCUUCGAGGGAGGCUCUUAUUUGAUUUUGAUCGUAUCGUUCUCUCCUGUAGUGUUGUUACUACACAUGAUCAAUCGUCUCUCUUAGUUUGUCUAGUUCGAGACAUGAAAGGGUCAAGGGAAGGUGGACGUUCUUGUAGUCUACUGCAUUCUUCAAAUAAUAGUUGUCACCGGGGAAGAUGUAAUAGCGGUAGGUCGUCUAAUUUUGUGUGAAGGAGGCGUCUGUCGAUUGGUGCCAGCUAGUUCUAGUACUAGUACUACUGCAGGAGCCGCAAGCAGUUUCCAGCCAGGCACACGAGCCUCUGCUUCUUCAUCUAGUGGAGCAACGAGCAGCACGAAAUUAUGCAAUCUUCUUCACUUAGCUGCAUUCAUCGUUGCUACUUGUUUUUUACCUCUAUUCCUGUCAGGUGAUCGUAAGUAUCUAUAAGUGCAGAUGCAGCAAAUCAUCGUCAUCAGAUAUUAGUAAAAACCGUAUCCCCUUGCUGAUGAUGCUACUCGUACUAGGACGAACUGACACUGAGGAGGUAGACCAUAUAUACAGUGUACAAGUCUAAAAAAACAGGUCGAUCCUCAAGCGGUGAGAGCUCGGAUCAAGGAGAUUUUCAGGGAGCUGACCGAAGUCGGGAUUAAGGCUUGCUUUUUGAUGCUUUUCACAUGAUUCAUUCCACUUCCUAAGACAGAAUUGAAACUCUGUAGACGUAGAGGACAGAGCGGUACUAGUUGUUCCCUGGAAUUUCAGGAACUCCUAAAACGAGUGGUAGACAGUGUGUGGGGGUUCCGUACUAGUAAUAUUUCAAAUUAUUUGUUACUGGUCAUCUUCUAUGACAAAAAAGGUAGUAAGUUCCUUAGAAAUUAUUCGCGUCCUCUGCAGCAAUCCAUCGCCUUAUAUUUAUCAUUCUUUACAAGUCUCCAUCUUGUUUCCUUUCGUCUCUUUUGAAAUCUAGCUUGGGCUUGCCUUUGCAUCCUAAUCAAGUCUUGAGACAGUGCCUCGUGCUAGGUAAAUGAAUGAAUGAGUGAAUUCUUCCAACCACGACAAGAAAUGAAUUCAAAUUCGUACAGCCACGAUCAAUAAAUAUCAGCUAUCAUCAUGAUGAUCUUGAUACAACUCCUUCUUGCAACUGCUCUAUCUUAGAAAUAGAGGCUGAUCAAUCUUAUUCGUGGAGGCACCUUUAUCAUAACGAUACAACUACGUUUGUUAUAGGUCCAUUAUCUUACUUGUGAAAGGACGUCGACCUCUAAGGAGAAGAUGAAGCCGAAUGAAGCUGCAGCGGAGGCGUUGAACAGGGCGUCCGAAGAAUUCCGACAGCAGGGAAGCUAAACAAGCUUGUUCAGGAAGCGGUAAAUGAUACGAGGAAAAUUGACGGGAAGAUAACAGGGAAGACCUAGAAGUAGAACUUUGGUCAGGAUAACAGGGAAACCGACAGCAGGACAACAAGGAAGGUCUCGAAGAACUAGUAGCUCUUCAGACAAGAUCAAGAACAUGAACAAGGAAGCUGGUCUAAAACUUCAGAAUCAGAGAGAACAGUUUCAUUUUGCUCUCUGUCAAACCUGAAACUCUUUUGGGGUAGGUACGUCAUCUACUAUCUACAAUGUGAAUGUUUACUUGCGUUGUCUAAACCUGAAUCAGGACGAUGAUCUACUGCAACCCAUCAUCAGGCGACUCCUGGUCGUAAGAUUAUCACAACAUCCAAGAUAGAGGAGCAUUGACUCAUCCCAAACAAGACAUGCAUACUAUGCAAAAUGAUACGAAUACCCUAACGAUUUGAGUGUCAAUAAAAUGUAAGCGACAUUUUUUUUGUAUGAAGAUCCGGACGCACCAUGCUCUUGUACGGGAGCAACGGCGAACUAGACGGGAUGCGCCCAAGUGUUUUAAGGCACUUAUAUUUAAGAAAGUCCAUGAAUGUGCCCGGUAGUGGUAGCUGAGAGCCCUCAUUAUGAUUUUGAGCGGCCUCAUGUCGAGCUCGCGCGCUCAUGAUCGACAUAAAGAUAAAAA